AUGCGGCUCCAGGGCGCUUUCGACAACGAAGUUCACGUUGCUGUGCAGAAAUUCCUCAGCAACGGCGUUCCUGCGGAAGUGAACGACCUUUACACAGCGCUACAGCGCUCGAAUUCGUCCCUCAAGCGCAAGCAAAAGAAAGUAAUAAUAGCCAGCAUCGAGCGCGUGCUCGACUUUAUUGGAGUGGAAAACUCUCUCCCUGCCGAUGAUCCCGAAGCCUCUCUCGAGGCAAACAUCCCAGAAGACGACUCGGUGGCACAGCUCAUGAACAAGUCACUGAGAUCGAACUUGGCUCCCCCGCCAACACCCACCAUGAACGGCGACGACGCCGGGCUUAAGAAACGCAAGGCCAACGGAGAGUCGCUACCGAAGCGACAGAAGCGAGAAAAUGAAAGGCCAUCUACCGCGCCCCCAACAGGCCUUGGACUAGCUGAUGUCGCGGGACUCGACAAUGCUGUGCGACAAUUCAAGAAACUUUUGGUCGCUCCCAUGACGCUAUCCCACCGAUACAGAGACCUGUCUGCGCCGUUGACCAAGGGCAUCCUCCUUCAAGGCCCGCCUGGCUGUGGAAAAACUAUGUUGACUCGAGCAUACGCUGCGGAAGGAGGCUGGCCGUUCAUUGAGAUCUUGGGACCUUCAAUUGUCUCCGGCAUGAGUGGAGAAUCUGAGAAGGGCAUCAGGGAACGAUUCGACGAAGCAAAGAAGAAUGCGCCUUGCGUCAUCUUCAUCGACGAAAUUGAUGCAAUCGCGCCCAAGAGAGACUCAAGCCAAAGUCAGAUGGAGAAACGAAUCGUCGCGCAGCUUCUUGUGAGCAUGGAUGAACUAUCGACAGUAGAUGCCCCAAUCAUCGUCGUCGCGGCGACAAACCGUCCAGACAGUCUCGAUCCUGCUUUACGACGAGGAGGACGAUUCGGCACUGAGAUCAACAUCGGCGUACCCAACGAACAAAUGCGACAGUCCAUACUAGAAGCUCAGACGAGGAAGAUGCCUGUCAGUUCAGAUGUGGACUUCAAAAAGCUCGCAAAGAUGACCGCAGGCUACGUUGGUGCUGACUUGCAUGACCUUGUUGGCAAAGCUGUCACUCAUCGAAUGGACGAAUACAUCGAAGCUGUGGAGCAACAGGCUGUCGACCUCAAUCUGGUGGCCGAGGCACACGAAGGACCACAAGUAUCUCCCGCAGUACUAGGUGCACUGAGACUGAUCGCUCGCGGUAAAGAGCAGGGCGUGCCCGAACCCGAAGGCUUUGAGGACAUGUCUCUUACGAUGGACAAUUUCCUGGCGGUGCUGCCCGAGAUCACGCCGUCGAGCAAACGCGAAGGCUUCACCACGAUUCCCGAUGUAUCGUGGAAAGACAUUGGAGCCCUCGAAAAUGUACGGGAAGAACUGCAGAAUGCAAUUGUGGAUCCCAUUGAGAACCCCGAAGUAUAUGAGGCACAUGGUAUUGCAGCUGCAUCAGGUGUACUUCUGUGGGGUCCUCCUGGCUGCGGAAAGACACUACUGGCCAAAGCCGUCGCGGCAGAGAGCAAGGCCAACUUCAUUUCGGUGAAGGGGCCAGAGCUGCUCAACAAGUACGUCGGCGAAUCCGAGGCAUCCGUCCGCAAAGUCUUCCAGAGAGCCAGGGCCGGCGCUCCCUGCGUCAUCUUCUUCGACGAGUUUGACGCCCUGGUACCAAAGAGAGAUGGCACCAGCUCAGAAGCGAGUGCUCGAGUCGUCAACACAUUGCUCACCGAACUUGACGGCAUGAACGCCAGAGCAGGCAUCUACGUAAUCGCCGCCACGAACAGGCCCGAGAUGAUCGACGAGGCCAUGCUACGACCAGGACGACUAGGCUUGCCACUCUUUGUCGAUCUCCCCGGCGCACCAGAGCGCGUCGACAUUAUGAGAGCACUGACGAGGACCAAGCGAUGGACCUUUACAGACGAGAUGGCGACCAUCGUGCAUAGCAAGGACUGUGAGGGAUACAGUGGCGCGGAUUUGGGAGAACUGCUCAAGCAAGCGAUCAUGGCGGCUAUCCGUCAAAAGGUUUCUGUUGUCACUGCUGAGCACUUCGCUGCGGCGGUGAAGCGUAUUGGCAAAGGGUCGGUGAAGGAUAUGGCCCAGUAUUAUGCGCUGAACGAGAGGUUUGGACGGCCGUAA